UUCGAUGAUUGAUUAACCAACGUCCAAGCCAAACUCGAUGCUCUCAUUUUCCCCUACUUUGAUUCCAACUUCUCAACUACAAUUUUCCUCUAAAUUUUCCCUGAUUUUGCAAAUAAAUUUUAUCAAUCUUCGCCUCUAAAUCUAAACUACUUAAUUGUAAUUCCAAUUUACUAACCCUAAUUUAUUGCUUUUUUUUUUGCUUGUGUAUUUGUGUUUAUUUUUUCUUCUAAUUUGUUUGUUUCUCUGAAUUUUUUCGCCAUGAAAAGUAGUUCGCGUUCAUCCAAAAGCAAGACGAAACGAUCUCAGAAACAUACCAAGAAGAGAACUAAGAGCAGUAGGGAGAAACCCAAGAAAUUAAAACAACGGGAUGAUUCGGAUUCGAUUUCUGAUGAGGAUUCGAUCACUACUAAGUCGGUAUCGUGUUCGAGUCCAGGGGAUUAUUCUAGGAGUAAGAAGAGAGGUAGGUCUAGGGACAAAAGGCUUAGGAAAGAUAAGAAAAGGAGUAAGAAAAGCACCUUGUUGAGUGAGAGCAGUGGAGAUGACUCUCCUUGUGUUAAGAAAUCGAAGAAGUUGAAGAGGAAGCGAGGUUCUGAUUCUAGGAAGAAGCGGCAUGUGAAGAGGCGAAAGAGGGAUCGUAGUGUUAGUAUUUCAAGUAGCCGGUCUAGGAGUUGCUCUGUGGGCAAACCAAGUGGUGAUAGUGAGAUUGGCAAGAAAGAAGAAAAGGUUGAAUCGAAGGAACGAAAGGGGAGAGAAAAGGUUAGGAAAAAGAUUGGGAGUAAGAGGAGUAGGCGCCGGUCUAGGAGUUGCUCCGUGGGCGAACCAAGUGGUGAUAGUGAGAGAGAAUUUGGGAAGAUGGAAGAGAAGGUGGAAUCAAAGGAACGAAAGGGGAGAGAAAAGGAUAGGAAAAAGAGUGGGAUUAAGAAGAGUAGGCGUAGGUCAAGAAGCUGCUCUCCAUGUAGCGUGCAUAGUGAGAGUAGUAGUCAUUAUAGUGAGGAGAGGGUGUUUGAGAAGAGUAAUCCUAAUAGAUUGAAAUCUGUUAUAGUUGUUAUGAAGGAUAGAGAGGAGGUCCCUGAAAAACAAGAGUCGAAUAAGUAUGAUAGGCAUGAAGAUGAAAUUGUGUUCGAGUAUGAUGACUAUCCUAGCAAGAGCAAUGAUAGUAUUGAUGGUGUUAGUGGAAGAGAAACUGUUUCAUGUAUGCAUGAUGUUAGUUCUAAGAAAAGGUCCUUGGAUGAGCCAAAUAAGGAUUUUGUUGCUUCUGGUGUCAGGACUUCAGAUAUCCCGGGAAUUCAAAGACAGGUUGUUGAGGGAAGUGGUGGAUUAAGUCCAAGUUAUGUCAGAUCCAGGGACAAUGUUCCCUUGAUGGAAAAUAGGAGUGCGAAUUUAACUUCGAAUGCAGGUUUAAAUCAUGUGGAUCUUGAAGCAGUUUUAAGACAGAAGGCCUUGGAGAAUCUACUCAACCGCCAAGGAAAAUUAUCAACCAAAACUACUUUUGAUAAGAAAGAUGAACAUGAUGUUGACGUGAAAAGGUCUUCAAUUGUUAAGGCACAACCUAUUGAUCAACCUACACCUCGUGAUGAGGGAAAUAUUAAACUUUUGCCAAAAGUAGGGAAAAUUGUUAAUGAUGUUAGAUAUUUUAGUAAUACUACUAAUUUACCUGGUCCUUCGGAAGACACUGGUCUGUCUAAAUAUAAUAAUGCUGAUCUAUUGAGGGCAAAGGUUGGAACUGCUGAUACAGAAGAAAAGAGUAAGGCCUCCGGUGAUUUUGUAAAUAGCAGACCUAAUGUUGGCUUAUCCAUGUCUAGGAAAGAUUUUCUUGGAGCAAAGAAUACUUGGAAGCAACAGCUGAUCCCACAAGAAUCUUCUCAGGAAAUUGUGUCAACCCCUAAAGAAACCAUAGUGAGGAAUUCUAAUGAGAAACUGAUGUCACUAGAUAAUUCUCUGCCUAAGCUUUCUGUACCGCAAAAAACUAUUAGCAAGGAUUCUACUAGGGACUGUGCGUCUCAUCUAUUUGAUAGUGAAGAUAGUACUAUAAAAGUUGAUACUUUUGCUCUUUCUGAGGCUUCGGCUUCAGCUUCAGUUUCUGAUGAACAAUGCACAAAUGAUAGUACCAAUAAAGCCGAUGAGGAUGCACAGUUUCAGCAGAAGACAAUGUCUGUCAUGCGGGGUGGUGAAAUGGUGCAGGUAAGCUACAAGGUCUAUAUCCCAAAGAAAGCCCCCGCAUUAGCCAGAAGGCAACUGAAGCGUUAAUUCAAAUAUCCAUAGUGCCGCUGUAGUUUGGGUUCCUCUUGCUGAUAUUGAAUUGAGCAGGCAAGUCAUGAACAGAAUCUGAUGGACUGAUGAUACACAGAAACAGGUUAAAUCUUCGAAUGGUCUCUUUAAAUUUUUCGUUUUCUUUUCAUGUUGAAUGAUGAAGGUCAUUAGCUGUCUUACUAACACUCCCUUCAUUUUGAACUGCUGAUGAUUUUGUUCUCUUGUUGUUACCUGAUGUUGUAACUUUAACUUUAGUGUCUAGACUAGAAGUUAUGAAAGCUCUCUGAAUUGCAUGGUAGCGGUAUGAAUUUGGCAGGAAAAAAAAAAAUGCUCUACUGGUACAAUCUUGUAAAACAGAUAGUGGAAUUGUGUCUUAAUUCAAUAAUAUUUCUCCCCAUUUCCUUUUA